CACCCACCCACACACACACACACACACACGGUGAGCCACGAUGAACACCAGGCUGUCCUUACUCAUGGUGUUUCUAAAGUCAUUAUUGCCCGCGCCCGGAGUCUCCCUCAGCCCAGGCCUGGACCCACGCUGCCCCGCCCAUACUACCAUCUCGGAGGAUGAUGAAUGGGCGAACAUUGGCACACUGCAAAAUCUGAAACUCGGCUGGGGCAUGGUCUUGUUCGUGCACCCCGAUCCUGGCUUCAAGGGGGUUAGGCUCGUGGCGGCGGGAGAUGGCUGGCAGCAGGACGCCUGGUUCACGCUGGACAACACUUGCUUCCCUCUGGACGCACGGUGGUGGAGGUUGUGGGGAGGUGUAUGGGGAAGGAGGAACGAUGACAACAACAAUGAUGGCUUUCUUGACUUUGGUGUACAGACUGGUGAUUGUGAUCUUGGGUGCCGCAGAGCAGGCCACUUCCUUAAUGCCAUGAAUGUUACUGUUGUGGCUCACGGGCCCUCAAGGUGGAUAUUAUCGUACCCGCAGCAAUGCACUGUAGAAGAAUACAAAAAAGACAGAUACUCAUGGAUAAACUGCACCUCCCACCCCACCACCACCACCACCACCACCCCUACAACCACCACCACCACCACUACCACCACCACCAUCGCCAUCAUAGUCGUGCCGGUGACGAUUGGUGUUGCUGUUGUUGUUGUUCUGCUAGUGGUGCUGACGAAGUGUUACUUGCAGCGAAUGGUAAAUUCAGAUGUGAGGAUGCGAUUCCAAAACGUCUCGGCGUCCGCCAGCGAGAGCGUCGUGGUCGAGAACAGCCUGUACGAGACCUUGGACAACACCCGCGGGACCGAGGUGGUCGAGAACAGCCUGUACGAGACCUUGGACAACACCCGCGGGACCGAGGUGGUCGAGAACAGCCUGUACGAGCCCUUUGAAAACGUGAGGAAGCCGCGGUAAGGGAGAAGGAAAUGGAAGAGGGAGAUGAGGAGCAAGCGUGAAAACAUGGCAGCAAAAGCCUGUCGGUUCAUCACGAGGCUGCCUGCUAUUUUUUUUUUCUACGUUGAGGCCUAUUGCGCCGGUAGGCUUCUUCCCGGUGGAUCCUGAUGGUCGGUCCAAGGCUUCUUCCCGGUGGGUCCUGAUGGUCGGCCCAGCCCGUUUUGGCGCAGGCGUGUGUUUAUAGUGGCGCCAUCUUGCAUUGGCUCAUGCUGCCGUCCCGGAGCUCAUCUUUAAUCCUAGAAUCUAGAGUCCGGGUUGAUAGGUGGUCUUCUGGACAGCAUGUGGGUAGUUUUAAGCCACUCAGCGGCGGCUGAAAAAUCCCAGUUUGGUGGCACCUGGCGGGGAUUGACCUCGCGUCCUCCUGAACGCGGGGCCGUCUUGCUAUCCAUUCAGCCACUGCCUACCUUUAGCGACAGUGUUAAUCAGCUCGUCACCACUUGAGUGACCUGCGGCUAUGGGGUGGGCGUGGCGAUGCACCCCCGGUGUAUGUCCCUGCUGAUUGGCUGAUUGGUGCAUCGUUUGAAGAAAGGGGAGGAGGACGAAGAAGAAGAAGAAGAAGAAGAAAAAGAAAAAGAAAAAGAAAAAGAAAAAGAAGAAGAAGAAGAAGAAGAAGAAGAAGAAGAAGAAGAAGAAGAAGAAGAAGAAGAAGAAAAGCCUAAGUAGCAACAGUGCUGUGUGUUCAGUCUUGUCAGACAAGUGUGGUCAGUACACUCAGUGGGUUCAAAAUCCAUAACGGGCGUAUUAAACAACGGAAGAUGAGGGUUUGGCCGGCAUUAUAACAGCCAAUGAUAUAGUUCAUGAAAUGGCCUGUACUGCACAGGGUUGGGUCCGAAUACAUGGACUUGGACUUGGCCUUGGACUUUUGUGCUUGUGCUUGGAGUAUGAAAAAUCAAUUGUACUUGUACUUAGACCCGAAGUAUUUGAAAAGUACCAAGUACAUUCAAAUACAAACAAGUACAUUGUAUUUAAUCAAAAGUUAUACCGUACUGUAUAUAGAUUCUCGUGCAUUUUGGGAUGACACUGCUGGGUAAAUACGUACAUUGAGUGUUUAUGAUAUUGCAGUGCAAUAAUAAUAUUGCUAUGGCUCAUUAAUGUGUAUAUACAAAAACUACUAACUUCGUAAAUCUCGUGCUUUACGAACCUGUGGCAGGAACCCUUUUAUCACAUCAAGUACUUGUACUUAAGUACAAUGACGUGUACUUGGACUUGGCCUUAGUACAUAGCAAAGUGACUGUACUUGUACUUGAAAAAUAUCCAGGUACUUGGACUUGGACUUAAGUCUUAAGUAUUAAAACUUAAGUCGCCUGUACUUGGACCCAACCCAAGGUAUUACACAUGUAUUAUAUAUGAAUAUUCUUUGACGUCAAUAUAUGAAUAUGAUGCCGUAUGACAGGAAUGUGACUAUGUGGUACGAUAAUGUAUGUGGUAUGAUUAAGUAACUAAGAAUAUAAUAUUAAUAUGAUGUGAUUCAUAUAUAAUAUGAGUAAGAAAUGAAUAUGACUAGCCACCCUAUGACUGGGAUGUGAUAGGCUGUUAUCAAUAUGAAUGUGAUGUGAUUAUAUAAGAACAUAAGAACAUAAGAACGUAGGAGUCUGCAAGAGGCCGGUAGGCCUGUACAAGGCAGCUCCUUUGAACCUAAGCUCUCGUGUAUCUAACCCCACCUAAUAUCGCUGUCCGUGAAUUUAUCUAAUCUAUUUUUUAAUGUGACAAUUCUAUUGGCACUCACCACAUGACUGCUAAGCCUAUUCCACUCAUUCACCACUCUGUUAGUAAAUCAAUUUUUGCCUAUGUCCCUGUUGAAUCUGAAUUUAUCCAGUUUAAACCCGUUACUUCGUGUCCUACCCGAUUCUCAUACCAACAAAACUUUAUGAAUAUUCUUCUUAUUAAAGCCCUUCAUCCAUUUAUAAACCUCGAUCAUGUCUCCACGCACCCUUCGCCUUUCUAAAGAAUGCAAGUUUAACUGUUUGAGUCUUUCCUCGUAUGGCAAGUUUCUCAACCCCUGAAUCAUCUUAGUCAUCCUCCUCUGCACCGAUUCUAACAUUUUGAUAUCCAUUCUAUAGUAAGGUGACCAGAACUGAACCGCAUAGUCAAGAUGAGGUCUAACUAAUGCUAAAUAUAGUUUGAGGAAGACUUCGGCGCUUCUGUUGCUUACGCUCCUUGAAAUAAAUCCCAGUACCCUAUUUGCUCGAUUUCUAGUUUGAAUGCAUUGUGCCCUUGGACGGAGAUCAUAGCUCACUAAGACCCCUAAAUCUCUCUCGCACCCAAACCUGCUU